AUGACGACCAAACUUCUUUUUGGAAAAUUACCUGUCAACUUUGAAGAGUCUGACUUGAAAAAGAGUCAGAAUGAGGGAAAGGACUUGAUUGCCAGAUCGGGAAAAAAGGAAGGAGUGUAUACCCUUUCAUCAGAACUGCUUGAAAAGUUACAAUCUCCACGGUUUGCUCCCGUUUGGGAAACAAACCAGGAACUUGCUUUCAAGCCAAUCAAACCGUUUCGUCAUACGGACAGAGGAUAUUUUGGUGAUCCUUCAUUUGAUUCUUUAUUUAAAAAGACAGGAGCUCGGAAGAAAUUGCUUAGUCCUAAAUUAGGAUUGGAGAUUGACGGUUUGCAACUCAGCAAAUUAACUCCUCGACAAAAGGAUGAUUUGGCGUUAUUGGUUGAAAAGAAAGGUGUUAUUGUCUUCCGAAACCAGGAUUUCAAAGAGUUGUCAUUUGAAGAUUUGAAGAAAUGGGGACAGUAUUAUGGACCAUUGCAUGUUCAUAAUUCUUCGGGAGCUCCAUUAAAUGAGCCAGACUUUCAUUUGAUUUUCGACUUCCGUGAUAAGGAGGGUAAAAACCGUUUCUUCGACAGGCACAAUAGCUUUAUUACUUGGCAUUCUGACGUCACUUAUGAGAGUCAACCUGCUGGUAUUACAGCAUUGGCAAUGCUUCAGACGGGAGAAGGUGGAGACACUCAGUUUAUUGACACCAUUGAAGCUUAUGAUAGAUUGUCGCCAACUAUGAAAGUAUUCUUAGACGGAUUGCAGGCAGUUCACACUUCCAAAGAGCAAAUUGAAGGAGCCAAAAGUGGUGGAGGUAUUGAAAGGAAGCCCAUUGUCCACACCAUUCAUCCAGUGGUUAGAUACCAUCCUGUUCUCAAGAAGAAGGCUCUAUUUGUUAAUGGAAGUGUUGGCGGAUCCCUUGGAGGAUUCACACGAAAAAUUCUUGGGUUAAAAGACGAGGAAUCAGAUGCUCUACUUAGAUUUUUGUUAGGACAUUUGAGAACAUGCUUAGACGCACACAUUAGGGCCAGUUGGGACGACAAGACAGUGGUGGUUUGGGAUAACCGAAGAGUUAUUCAUACGGCUACCAGUGAUCUUGAAGCAGAUUCGAUUCGUCAUGCUUUUAGAGUGACACCUGUGGCAGAAAGACCAGUUGCAAACGAAAAAGAGUUCAACGAAUGGACACCAGAAAAGGAGAAGGAGCUUAUCAAGCACACGCAAGAAUAUCUCCAGCUAACUCCAGAAGAGUAUUAUAACAAGUUUUAUAGCACCAAGUAA